AGACAACAAGUUCCACUUCAGCUAAAACCGGAAUUAUUUUGCUGAAGGACUGCAAACUCCCAGCGUGGUUUUUGGGGGAGUACAUUAUAAUCCGAAUCUGGAUUUUAUUGUUUUUUGUUCAGACAUGGCAUGGCGAACAUACGGAGCAUUUGUUUUUGGUCAGAAAACACCAAGAAUAAAGAAAAUGUUGAGGAACUUGGGUUCUGCGGUUCGUCCACAGCCUCAGGAGGAUUUUCUGAAAGGAGAACUUCAUCGAAAGCACCCAGGGUUGACCAACCUGAAGACUCAGCGUCUUCCUGAAACCCUCCAGAUGGCUGCACUGUCAGUGAUUCACAGAGCUCAGAUCGCUCAGCUUCCUGGUCGCUCCCAGAAACUCACAAACUUCCUUUGGAGCCGGAAGCGAGCAGUUGAGGAUUUGACAGUGAGGCAGAAAGCUUUGAGCCUGGAGAAGGACCUCUGGGAGAAAGCCAUGCAGAGGACAGAAGAUUUUGAUGAGAAAGCACUGGAAGACAAGAUCAGGAGGAGGGUUUUUUCAGAACUCAGGAAAAAGAUUUACCACUGGACUCCUCUGAAGUACGAUGAAGAGAUGGGCGUGGUUUACAUGGCGAGCCGGCUUGCUGGAGGCUAUGCAGCGGUCAGGAGAGUUCUGAAUGAGAUAAAGAAGAGGGAUCCUUCAUUUAGUCCUCAGACGCUUCUGGACUUUGGUUCUGGACUGGGAACAGUAGCCUGGGCGUCCCACUCUCUGUGGGGGGACUUUCUGAGGGAAAUGGUGUGUGUGGACAGUUCAGGGCCGAUGAACACGCUGGCAGAGCGACUUCUCAAAGGGGACGAUGAGAGAGCAGAACCGCACAUCAAACACGUCUAUUUCCGGCAGUUUCUUCCCGUCUCUCCGAAGGUGCAGUUUGACUUGGUGGUUGCCGCGUUUACCCUGUCCGAGCUUCCCACCAUGAAAGAUCGAGAAGAAGCUUCGUUCACUCUGUGGAGGAAGACGAGCUCAUACCUGGUGUUGGUUGAAAAUGGCACAAAAGAGGGCCAUCAGAUGCUCAUGGAGGCCAGAGAUACUCUACUGAAGAGGCAGGAGAAAACGGUCCACGACCCGCGGCCUUCGUCGGUGUUCGCUCCGUGUCCUCAUGCGAUGACGUGUCCCAAACUGGCCCAGGAGCCCAAGGCGCCCUGCAACUUCCAGCAGCAGUACCACCCUCUGUCCCUGCCAGGGCAUAAGGACUGUCAGACGGAGAACUUCAGUUAUUUAAUUCUGCGUCGAGAAGGCCCGGUGGAGGAGAAAGCAGAAGCUGUGACGUGGUCCAGGUUGAUCGGACCGGUGCUCCGCAGAACCCGACACGUUCACUGCCGGACGUGCAGCCCGCACGGCGAGCUGAAACACGUGGUGGUGACGGCACGGAAACACAGCAGAGAUGUGUACCGCUGCGCUCGCAACAGCCAGUGGGGCGAUCUGCUGCCUGUGGUUCAAAACCUGGACGAGGAUGAAGGAGAACCCAGCCCAUAAGAUGACAAUGACCUUCAAAUCUAUCCGAAGAGAAGCCCCGCUGUCUUAAAGAGUCAUCAAAACACUGUCAUUUAGAUCUGAGAUGGUUCUGUGAACUCCUGCUUUCAUUAGAGUGAAACAAAAGCCACUUUCCCGGAGAAAAACACAGAACGGAGAACCAUCUGAGGCCCUUCCAGCCUCUGAACAGCCAAAAGGACAUCAUUAAAGACCCACUCUGAUGAAAA